AUGCGACUGUUGUUUAUGACAGAUCCCGGUCGGUUCCAGGUGAAGCUCGAUAAAUUCAACCACUGGAUCCGUCCUCACGAACACUGCUUCAAUGAAAUAUCUCGAAUUUUUUGGAAUCGGUCAGAUCCGCGCCGGAUUCUUCGACCUAGGAAGCAGUUACAUGCAGAAGAUUUUCGGAAACUACACAGAAUUUUAAAGAAAAACUUGCAAAAUGUUGUCGAUUAUAAUCCUCAAGUUCCAGUUCAGUUCAUUUCUACACAACCUCGUCGUUCAUUCAAUAAUCGAAAAACGGAUCAAUGUCAUUAA